GCUGCCUGUAAGAGGGCCCUGUCGCUUCCUGGGCAUCCGAGGCGGGUUUUGGUCGCUCGGCCUUCGGGCCGCCGCCUCCGCGAGGCUGAGGGGUCAGGAGCUGUGGCAGAAACAGUGAUGAAUAAGAGUACAAGCAGUCUCCAUCCUUGUAUUCGGGGGAACUGGCUUCUGUCAAAUAACUAUCUUGUGGUUGUUGACUGUAGAAAUACCCUGCCUGAAGAAAAGGGAAUCGGCCUACUUUUGCUCUUGCCUCAGAAUCGGAUGCCUUAACUCUCUUGGUUCAUAGAAUCAAAUCAUGGAGUUGGAAGAGGCCAGUGCAAGAUUUAGACAGUGAAUUAGUAGAAAACCCACUCCUGGCCUGGAUAAGAUGCCAACACUGAAGACUGGAAUGAGUUUUCAUUUUUUUCUCCAUCAUCUGCAAGUGGACAGAUAUUGUAUCAUUGAAAUUCAGAGCACAUUUGGAGGGGAAUCUGGAUGCUUCACGAAAGGACAUCUGAAUCCAAAGGCUGCUCACACCUUAUGCUUGCCCUAUAACAGCUAUUUCAGUUUGGCACCCUUCAAAUCAGACAGCAUAGACAAUGAUUUGACAGCAUGAAACCUACUGUUUAAAAUAUGUGGAUGGUGUCAGUUUGGGGAAGACUGUCCUGCAGAAUUUAGGAUGGCUUCCAGAGGCAUAUAAAAAGAGUAUUUUUCCUUACCAAUUUAGUGUACAUACUCCAGAGCAGAAACAGAGUCUAUUUCAGAGGGGAAUAUUUUGCAGAAAAAACAAGAGCAAUAACUAUUUCCUCACUGUAUGUUCAGUUCUUUACUCAUGGCAUACAGUGUUCUGUAGCACCUGAGAUUUGGAGAAACGCAAUAACCUCAGGGACCUUGGACCAUUAUGGCAACAAGCUACACACCUCCAUUUGAUGAUCCUGGGGAGGUGAGAGAGGGCUUUCUAUGUCCCCUGUGUCUGAAGGACCUGCAGUCAUUUCAUCAGCUCCAAUCUCAUUAUGAAGAACAUUCAAGUGAAGACAGAGAUGUUAAAGGACAACUAAAGAAUCUUGUUCAAAAAGCAAAAAAAGCAAAAAAUAAACUGUUGAAACGAGAUGAUGACCGGAAUGAUGGGGGGUCUCAGGAACGAUAUGAAUCUUACAGCUAUGGUGGAGUGGAUCCAUAUAUGUGGGAACUCCAAGAAUUAGGUGCUAUAAGGAGUCAUCUUUCUGAUUUUAAGAAACACAGAGCAGCCAGAAUUGAUCACUAUGUUGUGGAAGUCAAUAAAUUAAUAAUCAGGUUAGAAAAGCUUACUUCCUUUGACAGAACAAUUACAGAUUCUGCAAAGAUAAGAGCAAUAGAGAAAUCGGUCGUGCCUUGGGUUAAUGAUCAAGAUGUGCCAUUUUGUCCAGACUGCGGUAACAAGUUUAGCAUACGGAACAGGCGCCAUCACUGCCGCCUCUGUGGGUCUAUCAUGUGCAAGAAGUGCAUGGAACUGGUCAGUCUCCCCUUUGCAAGCAAACUUACCACUGCUAGCAAGGAAGUCUUGGCCUCUCAUACUAGCCCCAGCUGCUCACCCAAUAGUAUCCAGGGCUCUCGGCGAGGUAGCAUCAGUAGCAUAAGCAGUGUCAGUUCUGUCUUGGAUGAAAAAGAUGAUGAUCGAAUCCGUUGCUGUAGACACUGUAAAGAUACACUGCUCAAAAGGGAACAACAGAUUGAUGAAAGGGAGUACAUACCAGAUAUUGUGAAACUGUAUGAGAAACUCCGGCUUUGCAUGGAAAAAGUUGACCAGAAGGCCCCAGAAUACAUAAAGAUGGCAGAAUCAUUAAAUGCUGGAGAGGCAACAUACAGUCUUGAACAUGCUAACAAUCUUAGGAUAGAAGUGCAGAGAAUGUAUGAAUUAAUAGAUGCUUUAAGCAAGAAGAUUCUGACUUUAGGGUUGAAUGAAGAUCCACAACCUCAUCCCAGAACUUUACAGCUUCAGAGGAUGAUUAGAUAUUCAGCCACACUUUUUGUUCAGGAAAAAUUGCUUGGCCUAAUGUCUUUACCGACCAAGGACCAGUAUGAAGAACUGAAAGAGAGAAAGAAACAAGAAUUGGAGAGAAAACUACAAAUGGAAAGACAGGUGACAUAUGAAACCCAGAGACGACUAGAAGAGAAGCCAGCAGACCACACUUCCAGAUCCUUAGCAUUCAAUGGUGAGGUACCCCGAACAAAAAGUGUUGCAGUAAAGAAAACUGAAGGAUGGCUACCCACUGCUAGCAUAUCUCGGAACCAGGAACUUGCAGACCCACUUCUUCAACAGAUCGAUAAUAUCACAUCCUUCAUUAAGCAGGCAAAGGAAGCAAAUCGUCUAGAUGAAGUCCAGAUGCUGCAGGAGAACCUGCGACAACUUCAGGAUGAGUAUGAUCAACAGCAAACUGUCAAAGCCAUUGAACUUUCUAAAAAGCAGGCUGAGAUGGAGGAAAUGCAAAGAGAGCAAUUGCAGAUCCUGUGUGAAAAAGAAUGGAAAAGAGAUCAUAAAAAAAGGAUGUCUCAACAUUCACGGACACGUUCGCUGGAUUUCAGAGAAGUGAAGCAUGAUAAACCUGAGAUUGAGAAGGAAAGCAUAAACCAAAUAGCACAGGCUUUGGAUCUAGAUAUGGUUCAGAACAAAAAUUACUCUGGCUCCAAGGCUUCUUCCCCAAGUGAGGGUGACAAAUUGUCAGAUAGUGAGAAUCUAGUUUUGGUUUGCCAACCUCUAAGAGCCUCAGAGCAUGAGAAAGCCUCCAUAAACCAUUUUGAAGAUACUUUAGUAAUUAGCCCUCCAAAGGGUGAACCUGAUAGUCCCUUUCCUGAAAACUCUGCAGUGGCUUCCUUGACUACUGAUGCCUUGCACAGCUAUAAAAGGGAAUACAAUCCAUUUGAUGAGGAGGAGGAGGAUUGUCAGCAAGCAAAUGGGGUAGCUGUCAGUGCUCCAAACCCAUUUGAAGAUGCUGUUGGAAAUCCAUUUUAUACACCUGUAGGUAAUCAGGAAUCUGGGAAUCCAUUUGAAGAAUCAUUGUCUUCCUCUUUGAAUCCUUUUGAAGUUGAGAGUGAUAAUGAAGUUUCAGGAGAAGAUAUCAUAGAAGAGGAAUUACUUCUCCAACAGAUUGAUAAUAUCAAAGCUUUUAUUUUUGAUGCCAAACAGAGUGGACGAAUGGAUGAGAUAGAAGUAUUGACUGAGAAUUUAAAAGAACUUAAGAGCACACUUGCAAAACAGAAGGAGAAAUCGGGCUGCUGAACUAGGAACUAUAUCCACGCAGUUUUGCAGAUCCCAGAGGAGGGAAGGUCAAGGUAAAAUGAAAUACAUUGAAAAAGGUGUUCAGGAGCAGAACGAAGCUUAGGCACUUUGGUAUAGGUUUUCCACUAUUCAAAUGUGCAAAUAAAUCAACACUAUUUAAAAUGUUAUAAUUACCUGAAACUCUUUUUCAAACACUAAAAAAUGUGUUUAAAACUUACCAUAGUCCGUAUUGAGUCCCAACCCAAAUUUAAGAACAUAAUUUUAUUUCUUAGCACCUGCUUUAUCUCUGAUGUAAAAUUCAAAGGGGGAAACGGGGGUUUUAAAAUGCAGGAAAUUAUUUGCAGUCCUCUGACUUCUGAAUUGAUUUUCGAUCAGCAGGUAGGGUUAUACAUGCUUCAAAAAUGUAAGAACUGCUUCAAGCCACUUCUUUGCUACUCGUUAAAGCAGCAGCAACUUUUCUCAGACUUGUACAGCAACCUGAAAAAUGGUUUUGCUGCUUCUAAGAAGCUUGGUGCUCACAUGAGUCCAAAGCAUUUCCUCAGAAUCCUUUUUGAAGCUUGCACAGCCCGGUUAACAAGAAAUUAAUACUGUCUUACAAAUUCUCACUGGAAUUCAACUGGUAUCCCGCCAUCUUUAUAUUUUGAGGAAGCAGAAGGAGAGAAAAUAACUCACUGUUCAAUAGAAGGAAGCCUUUCAUUGUAGGAACAUUAGUUGGAUUUCAUCUCUGUUGAACAUUAAAUGAGCUGGUGAAUUCAUCAAAAGAGGGUAAUUGCCAGAUAUGCUUAGAGGAAUGUUAAAAAGCAGGACAUUGCUGAAAUGUUCUGAUCCACAGAGUAUAAAGGCCAAUGAUCUGCCUGUGCAAUACAAAAGAUAACCUAAAGUAAUUC